AUGAGCGAACGAAAUCAGCGCCAUCUGCUCGUGGCUGUGCUUGGGAGCACCGUUGUUAAACUUUUUACAGACCAACCAAAUGCGCCUUUUUCGUUAUUUCAUUUAAACGUUCAAUCAGUGCGAAAUAAGUUUGAUGAACUUGGCAUCUCUCUGGACAGUUUUACAUUUUCUUUUGAUAUGCUAACUGAAACAUGGUAUAAUCAGAGUGAUGAAGUGGAUCAACUAGAGAAGUAUGCAGUAUUCAAUCUAAGUCGUAGCAACAAAGUAGGAGGAGGAGUAUGUGUGUGCGUUAAAAAAUGCCCUGGAUAUACUAUCCUUAGUGAUUUCACAGUGACGACAAAUGACUAUGAGAUUUUAACUUUACAACAUGCUAAAUUUGUAUUCUCUGUUGUCCAUCGACCGCCAAGUGGGAAUGUUGCGACCUUCCUUGAAUUCCCUGAAAAUUUUUUAAAGUUUGUUGGUGAAAAUAAAUUGUGUCUUUACCUUGGUGGUGAUUUUAAUAUAGACAUGCUUACCUCCUCUAAACACCAGCUUGAUUUA